AGAGCAACUGCAAGUCACAAGCUUUACAAAACCCUAGGAAUCAGCAGGGAUGCCUUACAAUUGGUCCAAAUGGCAGUGUGCCCAGCAACCGCCAGAAGAGCGGAAGACGGUUAAGUGAACAUUUCAAGUGGUUUUAAAAAAAACCUCUUACAGCCGCAGCUUCGCACUCAUCCUCGAGAUCCGCUGAUGUGAAAGCUUCCCCGGACACUGCAAUCUUUCAGGUAUUAGUUUCAAUGAUGCUUUUGCGUGGACUGUGAACGAACAGCGACAGAAUAACAGCAGGACAGGAUCAGAGGGAGAGAGAGAGGGAGAGAGAGAAGGGGGUUCCUGGUGACUCCCUGCUGUCAGAAGUGAGAUCUCUCCUCUACUUCGGCUUCUGAUAUCGCGGACUAGGAUUGCAAACGUUAUGAAUACUUACUGCAGAAUAAAGUAAACGGAGUUAAUCCAUCUGUGCCGUUGCGCUUGACCAGGACGCAGACAAAGCCGCACCGAGAGAGACCGAGAGAGAGAGAGAGAGAGAGAGAGGAAAAAAAAUAAACGCGCAGUGGGGGCUAAAUGUCCUGGUGUUAAUUUUCCUGCAUCGGUCCGCGAGAGAGAGAGAGAGAGAGAGAGAGAGACGAGAGACUGGAAGAACAAGUCCCAUCUGUGCGAGGAAAGUUUCCCCCGAUCACCAGCGGAGAUCAUGGCUGCAGAGAUGACGAUCGGUUUGGCCAAGUCGGCCCUGGUGAAGAUUUCCGACGUGGUUGGCGAAAGAACGAAGCAGAUAAGUGGUGCAAUGCAAGAACCGCGGCGCCAGAGAAGAAUUAUUCUCUUUAUAGUGUGUAUUGCACUCUUGCUGGACAACAUGCUGUACAUGGUAAUUGUCCCAAUUAUACCAAAUUACAUCGAAACUAUCAGAUCUUACAAACUGAUAUACGUUCCAACGACUGUCAACGGAACCAACGGUUCAAUUGUCAACACGACGAUGAAACCCAUCCGAUACAGGUACCCCAAUAAAAACGAAGACAUCCAAAUAGGAGUGCUCUUUGCAUCCAAAGCUAUUCUUCAGCUGCUUGCCAACCCGUUGACUGGCACUUUCAUUGACAGAGUGGGGUACGACAUCCCUUUAUUCAUCGGGCUCAUCAUUAUGUUCUUUUCCACCAUCAUCUUUGCCUUCGGUGAAACCUAUGCCACGUUAUUCAUAGCAAGAAGCCUCCAAGGGCUGGGCUCUGCCUUUGCAGAUACCUCCGGGAUUGCCAUGAUUGCUGACAAAUACACAGAGAAGGCUGAGAGGAGCACAGCCCUGGGCAUCGCCUUGGCUUUCAUCUCCUUUGGAAGUUUGGUGGCGCCCCCCUUUGGUGGCAUAUUGUACGAGUUCGCGGGCAAAAAUGUCCCCUUCCUCAUUUUAUCUUUUGUUUCCCUUUUGGACGGCUUAUUAUUGCUCACAGUCAUGAAACCGUUUUCCAACAGGACACGUGAAAAUAUGCCACAGGGCACACCUAUCUAUAAACUUAUGGUCGAUCCCUACAUUGCUGUGGUAGCUGGUGCUCUCACGACUUGUAACAUCCCUUUAGCUUUCCUGGAGCCCACCAUAUCAUCCUGGAUGAAAAAAACUAUGAACGCAAUCGAAUGGCAAAUGGGGCUAACGUGGCUACCGGCGUUUUUCCCACAUGUCCUGGGCGUGUACAUGACUGUAAAACUAGCUGCCAAAUAUCCCAAUUACCAGUGGUUCUACGGGGCUUUGGGCAUGGUCAUCAUUGGUGGCAGCUCAUGUUUAGUCCCAGCCUGCAGAAAUUUUGAGGAAGUCAUCAUCCCGUUGUGUGGCCUCUGUUUUGGGAUCGCUUUGGUGGACACCGCCCUGUUACCCACCCUUGCCUUUCUGGUCGACGUUCGCCAUACAUCUGUAUAUGGCAGCGUGUAUGCUAUAGCCGAUAUCUCCUACUCGGUUGCUUAUGCCCUGGGACCCAUCGUGGCCGGACAAAUUGUCCACACUUUGGGCUUUGUGCAGCUCAACCUCGGCAUGGGCUGUGCCAAUGUCCUCUACGCCCCUGCCCUCCUGCUGCUCAGAAACGUGUGCCAAAUGAAGCCUUCGUAUUCGGAGACAAACAUGCUUCUGGAGGAUGGGCCCAAAGGGUUGUACGACACCAUCAAAAUGGAGGAACGCAUGGCAGGUAAAACAGGCCAAGGAAGCUCCAUACAUAAUUAUACCAUGUCUGGGAUCGUGGAUGACAAUAACGCAGAGGGCUACAGGAGAAAACACACGGGACCAGGUCUGUCUGAGGAAGAUGAUUCAUCUGGCAACGAAUAUGAUUAGGACUUUAAACCAUCCGAUGAUCAAACAGUCCAAGGACAUGGAUGAAUGAAGUUAAAACAUAAUAUUGCCAUAUAUAGUGUACUGGAUGUCCAAUAUAAUCUAAUGUCAUCGCUGUUGUGCUUUUUUUUUGUAUAAUUUGUCAUUGAUUGUUCAAGAGAUUUUAAAGGAACUGAGAAUGUGCUAAUGAUGGACUUGUAAUGAAAUGCAUCAAAUAAGAAUCCUAUCCUUUAGAGUUAACAGCAAUAUUAUCAAUCUGUUUAGAUGGCGUACAGUGAAACGUCUGCUCUAAUUGAAGCUGUGUGCGUGAGUAUUAGAUUGUGUAAAAAGGGUAAAUAAAUAGUUGUAUGUAUUCCAAAACUUAAUUUGAAUAUUCAGGGACUUGGCGAGAAACAAAUCGUAUUGUACAUAGUGUAUGCUGUUUAGGUUGUCCCUUAUGAUUUGACAUGAAACAAAAUCGAUUGUGUAUUUUUCUCUGGGAAUGAAACUGUAUAGAAUUAUUUUGACCGAUGUGUGCUGCUAUAUUAUAAAUGCAUUACGUCAGAUUAAAGUCUGGAUAAUAAGGCGA